ACAUUACUAAACAAAUUAGAAAUUAUAAGGAAAUAUUACGAAUAUAUGAUAAGUCUACUACUACUACUACUACUACUACUACUACUACUACUACUACUACUACUACUACUACUACUACUACUACUACUACUACUACUACUACUACUACUACUACUACUACUACUACUACUACUACUACUACUACUACUACUACUACUACUACUACUACUACUACUACUACUACUACUACUACUACUACUACUACUACUACUACUACUACUACUACUACUACUACUACUACUACUACUACUACUACUACUACUACUACUACUACUACCACUACUACUACCACUACUCUUUCGUUCCGACGAGUAUUUCUAAGUCACGAGUAG